AUGUUGUCGACCAUCUUUGCUACAGCUUUAUUGCUGCCUUCACUUGCCUCGAGUCAGCAACUCAUCCAAGAUCCUGGAAAGGCUGGACCUGAGUUGGAACUUGUGCAUUUGUACUAUGACGAGUGGCCUACUGGCAUUGCUGUAUCCUCGACUGGACGCAAGUUCUCAAACUACCCUGGAGCUUUGGACAAGAAUAAUACAAACAAUGGUUCCAACAAUAAGUACACGGUCGCCGAGUUGACUGGAAACUCGACAGAAGCAGCCUAUCCCAAUGCUGAAUGGAACAACCCCCCAGGAGGAGGUGAGUUAGAUUGCCAUAAGAGUCGUAAUGCAUUGACUGACUUUGAAGCCAUCAACUACACAACGACACCUCCCACAGGAGCUAACUACCAGAAUCACUUUAUCGGUGUUCAGAGUGUUGUCGUUGAUCCGCUCGACCGUCUUUGGGUUCUCGACACUGGCAGAGUUCAAGACCCCAAUGGUACCAUUGUCAAUGCUGCUGUUGGCGGACCUAAGCUGGUCGGUAUCGACCUCUCAAACAACACCGUCUUCCAAACAAUCGUCUUUCCUGCGAAUGUUGCUCCCGGGGACUCUUACUUGAAUGACGUCCGCUUUGACCUACGUUCAAACAUUACAAGUUCCGGUAAAGGCGUGGCGUACAUCACCGACUCUUCCAUUGAAGGUCGUACUGGACUCGUCAUUGUCGAUCUCGGCACAGGCGAAUCCUGGCGUCACCUACAGGGCUCGACAUACGUAGCACCUGCUCAGCAAUUCCUCGCCUACAUCUGGGGUAUACCCUUCUACAACCACCAAGCCGGCCAACCCCUCGGAUAUCAAGGCUUUGGCGCUGACGGUAUCGCUCUUUCUGCCGAUGGCGAAGAUCUUUUCUUUGGUGGUGUGGGCAAGAGAUAUCUGUACUCUGUGCCUACAGCUAGGUUGCGUGACGAUGGACCGUUUUCAGAAGCUCUUGCUCAGGCUUCAGUGGUCAGCCGCGGCCAAAAGGGUGUUUCGGAUGGAUACGAGACCGAUACUAAUGGAUAUAUUUAUCAUGGAAAUGCUGAGCAGAAUGCCAUUAGCUUCUACAACCCUGCGAACGGAACGGACUCGCUGUUCUUGCGCGAUCCUCGUAUCAAUUGGGUUGAUACGCUUCCCUUUGGUCCUCUGAACUGGCCUGGCACUGAUAGGAGACAGCGUCCUUUUGCUCUCCUCCGUGUCAAGCUUCCCAAUAAUGGCACCAAGACGUCUUUACGUUGA